AUUUUCUCAGGAAGUUGCCAAACCUAUUUGGGAGUGGCCUUUGUGUAUAACUUUGCGAAAUUGGCUUCAUCAGAACACGUUUUCCUUGAUAACUCGAGGCAGACUCUUUACACAAUGGCAUCAGCAAACCCUCAAGCCAAAGCCAACGCGGGCUUCUCCUUGGUUUUGUUUAAAAAGCUUGGUGAGAAGGACAAGACUGCAAACAUCUUCUUCUCCCCCUUCAGCAUCUCCUCAGCCCUUGCCAUGGCGAUGCUGGGGGCCAGGGGUAACACAGCUACGCAAAUGUCAGAGGUCCUCGGCUUCACUAAGGCAAAGCAACCAACGGAGGAAAAACAAGAAGGGAUGAUGAUGCAGUCCACAAUGCAAAUGCAAAUCAAGACGCGAGAGCAGAUGCGGAAGCAGUUUGAGGAGUCCACCAGGCUGCCACAGUAUCUGAGAAAGGUUCUGAAACGUGUCGAAGGUGAGGAUGAUGUUCACGCUCACUUUCAACGACUUUUGCCCGAAUUCAACAAAACAAAUACUGGGUAUGCCCUCAGUCUUGCCAACAGGCUGUAUGUGGAGCAAAACUACCCAGUUGAUGAGGAGUUCCUUGGAGAAACAAGGAAGUACUACCAAGCUGAACUUGAGUCAGUGGAUUUCAAGACAAAUGAAGAGGUGGCCAGGAAAAAAAUUAACAGCUGGGUAGAAGAGAAAACACAAGGUAAAAUCAAGGACCUGAUCAACAAAAAGCUGAAAAAAGAAGUCAUAAUGGUGCUGGUCAACGCCAUCUAUUUCAAAGGCAAAUGGAACCAACAGUUCAACGAAGACUUGACUCGUGAAGCUCCAUUUAAAAUCAAUAAGAAUGCCACUAAGCCAGUGGAGAUGAUGUCCCUGAAUAGUAGAUUCAAUUACACCUUCAUCUCGGAAGUCAACUGCCAGAUCCUAGAGAUGCCUUAUGAAGGGAAAGACGUGAGCAUGCUCAUCUUCCUGCCCAAUGAAAUAGAGGAUGACACAGCAGGCUUGGAGAAGUUGGAGCAGGAACUCACCUAUGAAAAAAUGAUGACGUGGACUCGUUCAGACAACAUGGAGUUAGACGUUGAGGUCCAGGUGGGCCUGCCUCGAUUCAAAAUGGAGGUGACUUAUGAGUUGGGGAAAGUCCUGGUCAGCAUGGGCAUGGUGGAUGCUUUUGAUGAGAAGAAGAGUGACUUCUCUGGCAUUUCUCCUGCAAAUGACCUGGCAUUGUCAAAAGUCAUCCAUAAGGCUUUUGUGGAGGUCAAUGAGGAGGGAACCGAGGCUGCUGCAGCCACCGCUGUCAUUGUUGUGGAAAUCACCUCAAUAGGUCGACCUAAAGUUCCCAAAACCUUCAUCGCUGACCACCCCUUCCUCUUCUUCAUCCGACAUAACCCCUCCAACACAAUCCUGUUUGCUGGUCAAUACACCUCCCCUGAUCUAAUCGUGUCAUUCAUUAGUCACAAAGUGGAAAACACAAUGGCAUCAUCUACCACCGUAUCCACGGCCAACACCAACUUCUGCCUGGAUUUGCUGAAAAGAUUGAGUGAUAAUGACAAAGCUGCAAAUGUCUUCUUCUCCCCCUUUAGCAUCUCCUCCGCCCUUGCCAUGGUGAUGCUGGGGUCGGGGGGCAACACAGCUGCACAAAUGUCAAAGGUUCUCCGUUUCACUGAGCCUGAGCCUCAGCCUCAGCCCCAGCCUAUGCAAAUGCAUCAACAGGUCCAGUCCACUCUGCCACUGUUUCUGCAGAAAGUGGGUCUGAAAACUCAGGACCAGGAUGAUGUCCACGCCAACUUUGCCAAACUGCUGGCUGAGCUGAACAAUCCAGGUGCACUGUAUGCCCUCAGUGUUGCCAAUAGACUGUAUGGGGAGCAGUCUUACCAGUUUGUUCAGGAUUUUCUAGCUGCAACAAGGAAGCACUACAAAGCAGAGCUGGAGACUGUGGACUUUAUCAAUAACCACGACGCGGCCAGGGUCAAUAUCAACCAAUGGGUGGAAAAGGAGACACAAGGCAAAAUCAAGGAUGUCCUGGCCGAGGGUGUGUUGGACAGCAUGAUCAGGCUGGUGCUGGUCAAUGCCAUCUACUUUAAAGGCAACUGGAACAAAAAAUUCAACGAGAGCGCUACACGUGACGCUCAGUUUAGGCUUAACAAGAAUGCAACCAAACCAGUGAAGAUGAUGCACCAGAAAGCCAAAUUCCCGCUCACCUUCAUCCCUGAAGUCAACUGCCAGAUCUUGGAGAUGCCUUACAAAGGGAAGGAUCUCAGCAUGCUCAUCUUUCUACCCAAUGCUAUAGAGGACGGUUCAACUGGUCUGAAUAAGAUCGAGCAGAAUCUGACCUAUAACAAUUUUGUGGAUUGGACCCGUCCUGACAUGAUGGAUGAAGUGGAGGUCCAGGUUGGCUUGCCUCGAUUCAAGAUGGAGGAGAAGUAUGACAUGAAGAAUGUAUUGGUCAGCAUGGGAAUGGUGGAUGCCUUCGACGUGACAAGGAGUGAUUUUUCUGGCAUGUCACCUGCCAACGACUUGGUGUUGUCAAAAGUCUUCCACAAGGCUUUUGUAGAGGUGAACGAGGAGGGAACCGAGGCUGCCGCAGCCACUGUUUCCCUCAUGAUGUUGCGUUGUUCUUUACCAACACCCAGCUUCAUCGCCGACCACCCCUUCAUCUUCUUCAUUCGACAUAACCCAUCUAUGACUGUCCUUUUUGCGGGCCGAUAUUGCUCCCCUGUGUGAGCAUUUUAGUGCUUCAGUCCAAUGUUUCUCAUUUCUAGCAAGGUUACGCUUGCUAUCAUGAUACUUGGUCUGCACCCCUGCAGGAAUCCCCUUGUUUUUAUAAACUUUGGCCUCCUAUAUGUGAUUCUGGGAUGCCUUUGCAUUUAUUACUCACUGCUACUUGCUGUGUGAACACGUACAUGGCAACCUUGGUAUGCUUAUCUGUUAGUCUGAGGCCUUCAAGGACUGUACAUUUCUCUGUAUACUUUGCACAUGUUCUAAAUUCAACCUUCGCACAGCUUUAGGACAACAAAUGUCAUCCUCAUCACUCCAUUUUUUGUAUGUAACCAAAGAGAAUAAUGAGAUAAAGAUACAGUAGAUUGUCAGCACCUGUUUACACCCUAACCGUAACCUGUUGUAACACCAAUUAGGAAUAUACUGUAUGCAAUAAACACAGUAUACAAUAAUGAACCAGAGUCAACAGAAGUAUCGACAGCUCACUGUCGACUGUUCUAUGUUGUCUAUACAUACAGUAAUAUUCUUUUAUGUAUGCAAUAAAAGUGUGUUUGAAAACACAAA